UGUCUAUAAAAUACCACCACAUCGAGGAGGAUGACAAGAAAAGAGAGGAAAGGGGGCGGAGAAGAGGAGAUAGACAGGGACGGAUCGACGCAAGAAAUAGCACGGAACGGAAGAGUUUCUGGAUCGCGUGGAGGAUAAGGAGCUGUCUUCUUUUAUUUCUUGGGGAGGAUCCGAGAAAGGAAUUCAUCCGUGAUCAAUUAAUCCAGCGUUGAGAUUGCAGCGGAGACGGAAAAUUAAAGGAGGGAAAGAACGGGGAAAAGGAACGAGGCUGAAGGAGAGGAUGGAGACUAGUCCACCUCCCCAGAUCCAGGUACAGCAACCCUAGUUCCUCAUAUCUGUAUGCUUUCUUUUGGUUCUCUUGCAACUCCAGUUUGCGCGAUGAAAAAGGGGGUUUGGGUUCUGGAAGCUGCUAUGAUCUGCUGCGUUUGGCUUCGAUGAUCAGUUUCCUUGCGUGUCGGAACAGGUUUUUGGCUUCUUGGUCACAGGGAAGGGGGAAAACGUGGUCUUCGACUGUGGGUCAUAGAUCUGCACAGAUCGGAUUCUGCAAUCUAUCUCUUGUAUAUAGUGCUGACCAUGGGUUUGGAUUCUUCUCCUUCGGGAUGUGCUUGUCGUGAGACUCGGUCAAGGGCUGCCCGUUUCGAUGAUCAGCUGUGGUUGGCGUUGUUAUUUCCCCAAGGUUUAGAUGAUUUAGGUUUCCAGGUCACGAGGGUCAGAGAUUUUUUGCCGAGCUUCAUGUUGUUGUAGAUCCUACCAUUUACCACAGCAUAGUCAAGAUCUACCUAUGAUCGAUCAAUUUUAGGUGUUCACUUGGCCCUGGAUCUGCUGUCUGUGUGGUCAUCCGCUAUUUUGGCAUAUCACAGGGCUGAUUGGUUUUGUUGUUUUUCAGCGGCAGGCAUUGACAUUGUUUCUGGUUCAAGGCAUUGUUUCUUUUCCUCAAACAGCCUAAGUACCGGUACCCAUCGUGUUAGGGUUCACAGGAUUGAAGAUAAUUACCAGGAUGCUUUGAUUCUUAUUCCACUUUUCAAACAAACUACAUAAUAUUUUGCUUCUGCUCCAUGAUCCAGAACCUCUCUGUUGCUCAUGGACUUUUGUCCAUAUCAGCCUGGAAUUUGUUAUCAUUUCGUCAAUAGUUGGAACGAGCAUUACAACACUUUGCAUCCUUCUCUUGGAGACUGGCUUUUCUAAUUAGGGAAAUUUUAUUUAAUUGCUCGUGGAGGUGUUUGUCUUAUUGAGAAGGCAGACUCUUGGUAUGCAUCUUAUUCUGUGGAGCUGGAUAAUAAUCAUGUAGGAUAGUAAAUAUUGCAGAACUUGAUUCAUUUGUAUGCUUGUGCUGUAUAGCAUAUUUCCGAAGUUGAAACCAAGGAUCAGAUAUCUGCAAGAGUGUUUUGGAACAUUUACUUGAGGAUUUUGAUCAUUGGGAGAGAUGCUGAGUAAUGUUGAAACUGGAAUUCCAGGAUCUAUAGAUCCUAACUUGAACAGGGAGACAACAGAUAAUGGCAAGAAAUGGGCUGUAAAACGAGCUAGAACUUCAUUUUCUGGGGGAAGAAAGAAAAAGUCGGUCAGAAGAAUUUCCAAAGAGACUCAAUUGAUCCUGGAUAAGGGAUCCAGUGGAACAGGAGAGAUGCCUCUCUCUGAUUCUGAGAAGGUUGGUGUAAGUAUUCUUGGGCAACACUUCAGUGAUUCCCUUAAGAUUGUUCCCAUAAAGAAAAGGAGACUUCUGUUUGUCCGAUCUCCGUCAUCUCCAUUGCAAUCAUCAUAUUCAGAUUAUUCUGAUCAUUUAUUAGAGAGUCAGACUGCCUCUGAAUCAUUAGCAUCUGGCAAUGAUCAUGAUAAGAGAUUUAUUGACAACAAAAAACCUAUUUCAAAACAUGUGAUCGAGGGGACUAGUGAUGCUGCUGAUUUCUCAGGUAUCUCUAUAUUGGCUGCUGCUGCCUGCAAUAGUGAAAUAGUGGGUGAAGGUGUAAAUUUGGGCUAUUUGGUUCCAACAGAAAAUUCUUUCAGGGAAAUCAAUUUAGAAUCAACAGGAGACAAAAAAGAGCGUUCCUUAUGUCAAAAGGACCUGCAAUUACAGUCACUUGAAGACUUACUGGGUGACAGGGUAGCUAUGGAAACUUAUUCAACUUCAGUUCCUGUAGAAGAUGAAAACAAAUUUCAUGAUUCACAAAACAAAAACGGCUCCUCAUUGCAAAAUGUUUAUGAUAAUAUAAAAUCUGCCUCUGUUUCUAGGCUUCACUGGGAUCUUAACACUGAUAUGGAUGCAUGGAAUAGCAAUUGUGAUGAUCUUGUAAUCUCUGGGCCAGUUGUUACCAAUCCUUUAUGUGGAAACAGGGAACGUGAUAAUAAGUUAUUAGGUUGUGAAACUUGUGAAAAAGAGAUGGAUGAUGGAGAAAAACGACGCUUUACAAAACUUGGCAAGAGCUUAGACAUUCCUGGGUUCAACUCUCUUAAAGAGGCAUCAGCAAAACCUGAUAUAGGUAAUUGUUCAAGUCUUGAUCAUGAGAAUGUCUGCUCUUUUGCUAAUGGUAAUAAUUUGGUUGAAAAAAUACAUUCCUUGGAUGAUGUAACUGUCACCUUGGUUGGCUCUAGCGAGGAAGCAAAACUCAUGCAUGGUACUCCAGGGAUCAACAUUUGCUGUGCUAAAGUUAUUUCUUCAGAAGUUGGUAUUGCUCUUGGCUCUUCAAGGGACGGUUCAUUGGCAAAUGAGGCUACCAAAAAAGUAGCAGAUAAGAUGGAUUCUGACUUGGGGUUGAAAACUGAACCAGUGCUUUAUCAUGCUCCUUUUAAUGAGAAUGUCACUUGUGAAAUUAAUGCUGAAUUAGAUAAGCCCCUUUCAAACAUGGUCCAGUUAAUCCAUAAGCCAAUCUGUAAUGAAAAUGUAAAUAUCAUUGCAUCAAGUUCCGAGAAACUCCCUGAUGAUAACCGUGUGAUUAAUACUUUGGUGGAGAGUAGUGAUCAAUUUCUUCUAGUUGCAGCAUGUGACACCGCUGAUGGAACUAUACAUUCUGACAAAUCAGAUGGCUCCAAUAACAUCCAUGUUGACAAGCCUUCUGUUGUAAUAAGUUCAAGUCCAUCAUUAGUUGGUCAUCAACAGAAUAGCCCAGAGGCAUGUAACUCUGGGGAGUUGAUAAUGGCUGCUAAGUGUGAAAAUAUAAGAGCAGCUUUGAUGGUAAACGAUGAUAAUUUUGCUGGCUGCAAAUCUCCUGUCUGUGCUCCAACUGUUACAGCUGUUCCAAAAUCUGUUGAAGAGCUGGUAGUUGAUAUUAAGGAAACUGAGGCCCCAUGCAAAAGCAUCAAGGUUGUUUGUCAAAUUUCCCAUGGUGAUAGUCACUUGGAUGCAUUUCAAGUGGGUGAUGUUGUCACUGAACAUGAAAAAAGCAACCUUGUUGGAGAUGAUGAUUCUCAAUUUGAGGAUGGUGAAUUUAGGGAAUCUGUUUUACAUGGUUGGGGGGAAGAUGAUGAAGUGGAAUCUGAACAUGUGGAUUAUGGGUCUGACAAUGGGGAGAAUGAUAUCUCUGAAGCUAUUUCUGUCUUACCCUCUUCUGCCACUCUCUCUAUGGAGAACAUGACAUUCAAAGCCAGGAAUUUAACCAGUGCUGAUGAAGUGCAUGCUGGAAAGGAUAGGCAGGUCAUUUUUCCUCAGCAGCCCUCCUCUAGAUGCUCAUCCAAAUCAGAUUGUCCAGAUGCAGGACAAGUGAAGAGAACUACUGCUGAUCUUGAUCACAAAAAACAUUUAGCACAUAAUAAGAACAGCGUGGAAAGAGAUCUUACUGGAUGUAAUAAUGAAAAUGACACAAGUAGGGAACCUUUGAAUGUGAGGAUGAAGUCAUCAGGAUGGGAUCGGCUGCCGGAGGGAAGUAGGCAUGCUGGAGAGAGCCUGUUAGAUCAUGGGAUUGCUUCUACUAGGCAAGAUGAUCCUUCUUGUUCUUUACGCUUGUUUGUUGAUGAUGAAUCAUUAAGAAGAUCUGGCUCAUCAUUUAAGGGAGCUUUAUCAUCUAGAGUUGAGGCGCCAAAUUCCUCGGACGAGACAUGCAGGAAAGAUAAAUUUCUCAGAAGCAGGUACAGUGGUCAUGAUAGUCUUGAAGCAAAAGCUAAAAGGAAUGCUACUCAUAACUCAUCAGGGUGGGGCGGAUCAUCUGGACAUACUCAAAGCGGGGUCAGGGAUGAACAUUGGUUUGAUUCUCCAAAUUCACGUGGACCCAGACAUCAUGGUUCACCUGGCUACUAUGAUCCAUCAAGUUUUGCACGGCCUUCUUCAAGGAAUGCAGCUGCAGCUGCUGUUAAAAAGGUAGAGAGUAAUGGGUUUGUUGUUGCACCUGAUGGAACCUUAGUGAAGGCAGGUGGUGCUACAUCUGCUGGCCGUGUGACCAAAAAACCUGUUAAUGGGUCUUUGCAAAGCACACAUCCGUCUAGGUGGGGGCUACAAGCUGAGAGAGAUCAUCCAUGCGGGGAACAAAGAAGACUCCAAAACUCAAGGGAUGUAAGCCCUGAUAGGCACUUCACUAUUGGGAGGGGGCAGACUGGUAGAUAUGUUCGUGAACUAGACAGUGAUCAGUAUGGAAGAUCUAUUCCUCAUGACAGAACAGAAUCAUCCCUAUCAGGGCACCGUUUGUCCACAAGAGAUCGAAGUUACUCUCCUAACAGAAGGCCUCUUCGUCUUUCUCAUCCUCACAUCAGAUCUCGUUCUAGAUCUAGAACUCGUUCACCGAUACGUUGCACAUCUCCUAGGGGAAGACAUGAUAUAGGGGUGAACAAUGUCCCUGGUUUCCGCAGGCAUAGGAGAUCUCCAGUAACGAGAAUGGACAGAAUGAGGUCGCCCAAUACCAGGGAUAGUUCUGAGGAGCGGAUGAUUUUUUAUGACUCGGUGUCUACAGCCCUUACGUCCCCUUCAUAUUCUACAAGAUGGAUCGAUGGAAGGAAGGAAUCACCCAAUCAUCUAAAGGAGCAUAGCUAUAAGAGAAUCUCUGGUAGGAGCCCACCUAUGAGUGUGUAUAAUGAUCAUAGGCUUGGUUCCUUGGAGUCACAUGGAAGAUCAAAGCCCAGUGAUUAUUUUCACUCUCUUCAGUCGAGCAGAAAUGCUGACUUCAGCAGGGGAUACAAGUAUGAUAAUAGUGAUGAUAGAAGGGGACAGGAUGGCAGAGACAACUAUCUUCGUUCUGCGAGACAAUAUGAUAACAACAAGAAGCGAAUAAGGUAGUUUGUUUAGGAGGGUUUCAAGAUAAUGAUUUUUAUGGAAAUUUUAGAGGUUUCAUCAACUAGGGAAUCUAUGGAGUUGUGGAGAAGCAUAAAUCAUUUAUGUACGACAGUGCAUAUCGUACCAUGUGCAUUUGGCUUCUGCUCGUGUGGACACCACCACAUUAAUACUUUUUUUUUUCCCUUUUUUGGUAAAGGCGCCAAAAAGUUGCUUCUUCAUUUGUCCACCUUGUAAAACCAUUACCUCAGUUGAAAUUUCCAAUUUUGGGAUCAAAGCGCUGACCUUGUUUUUCUUUCCUUUUUUUUCAUAAAUUAUGUUAGACCAUUUUGGUGGGUUGUACUCCCUUUUUGAUCUCACUGAAAUAUGAUUAAUUAUUGAAAUUGUAGUUUGCCUUUGGCAUUUCAUGUGCAUUGGCAGUUUAAGCA